UCAAGAUAGGCAGAUGAGAUGGUGCUGGUGGAAUGUCUUAUUGUGUUAUAUGUCACAAUUGUUGUAGAAGCUGCCCGGUAUAAAUGCCAGUCAGGAAAGAUGCUAUAUUGUUUAUCCUAUUCUUGGAUAUAACUGUCGCUGUUUGAGAAGCGGUUGUGAGAAGUCUACUGUAGCUGGCUCAAGGAUGGACUCAUUUUAAAAUGCUUUUGUAGAUGACUCCUAUACUGAUUUCCGCAUUUACCACAAGAAUGAUGUAUGAAAUGGCUGUUUUGUACAGGCACUUUGUCUUGGGUCAACUCCUGAAUACUUCAUCCGUAGCAAAUGACAAACAGUGUACACAUGGUCACCCGUCAUUCUACGCGCGAGGCUGCGAUCACUGAUACGUGGUAAAAACUUUAGUCGAAGAGGCUAGUGGCCUGACAAGAGUAAUAUAAAGUCGAAGGCCACAAAUGCUGUUUUUGCCACUAACAGCAAUCGUUUAAACUACAAGACACACUAAGCGAAAUUUAAGUGUGUUUAAGGUUUGUUUGGGCCUAAAAGCAGCAGAAUAAUGGCUGGAGGCUGGUCUUCAAGUUAGGUUUAUAAAACCUACAAAGAAACAAAAUGGAAACUCUAGCCUCUGAAAAGAUGACAAAGCCAUCAAAGUUACUGAGCCAUUCUAGUGAGAAAGUUUAUAGUGAAGAUGAAAGCAGCAUGGAGCAGCCAGUUUGGGAAGAGGAUGGAUUUCCACCAACUUAUGAAUCCAUUUUCAGCCAGCUUAAAGAUGCAAAAGAAAGCCCUGGAAAUGCUGUUGGUUUCUUCAAAAAAUCCAUUCAUACUUUCCUUGGAACAAUUGGUUGCACUGCCUCCCUCAUGCUUCUCCUUGCACUGCCAGCUACAAUGGUAAUUAUAGGUGCGCAGUACAAAAAUGACUGUCCCAUUGAGCCCUUUAUACCAAUAUACCUUAUUGUUGGAGGAGCAUUUGGAAUGCUGAAAACAGUUGCAGUGUUGUGCCAAAGAGCUGCACAAGAAGAUACCAGUGAUGACUCUGAUGAUGAUCAGCCAAUGCUUGCUAAAUUUGUCGAUGGAGUGUUGAAUCUGUUUCUGUUUAUCUGGUUUAUUGCUGGUAGCAUUUGGGUUUACUCAAAAUAUAAGCCCCAUUUUGUACCACCAAAACACCAACCAUGGAACUAUUGUCACCCAACCCUUUAUUUGUUUGCAUUCUGGGUUAUCACUACUGGCUACAUUUUGAUGGGUACUAUAUUAUUUUGUAUUUGUUGUUUAGGACUGUGUGCAAGUUGUACAGCCUUUUUUGUGGCAAAUGCAACAAGCUAAUUUCUACCAAGCUUUGGGACAACUCUGUUUAUGUUGAUAUACUUUUUAGAUGGUGGGAGCUAUUGAGAGUUUGGCCAAGUAAAAAGAAAUAACAUUACUCAAUUAAGGUACCCAAGCCAAUGAUAAACAAAAAAGAUAAUAAUUUGGAAGAAUUAAUUAAGAAGAAGUAAAGAAGAAUUAAUGCUAUCAAAAACUUUCAUAAUACAAAAUCAAUGUAUCUAAUACUAGUUAAAUCUUUUGUGCAGGGCAAACUACUCUAAGGUCCUUAAUAGAAAAGGGGGUCUUGAUAGUUGUGGGAGUCAGAAAUGUUUCAAAAAAUUAAUAAGCCAGGGGUUCUAGUAAGUGGGGGGCCCGAAUGUGAAAAAUCUGAAAAAUCAUGUGAUGAUUCUUUUUUGGGGUCAAAGGAGAUUUUCUUCUGAAUACAAUCAAUAGCAAAAUGACAAUUAUCACCAUGUUAUAAUGCAUUGUUGUAUUACUCAAAUGAGCAGGCUAAUUAUCAUUGUUUACAUCAGCCAGGCCUAUGUAAAUUUUUUUGGAUGUUUUACUACUACUUUUCUAUGUUAAAACUUUUGUACAAUGCAACCUCUUCAUUUAAGAAAAACUUUACAGAAAUUCACACCUGAAAGAACAAAGGACAAAUGAAAUAAGGGAUAUGAAUCAUUGCAUAUUAAAAUUAAUAAGAAGGGGGUCCCCUUCUAUUAAGGACCUCAGAGUAUUUCAAGUGACUUAUGGGUCAAAAAACAGAAUCAGUCUUUCAAUGACAAUUUAAUAUUUAUAUAUAUAAUAUAUAAAAACCAUUUAUGUACCCAAAUUACUUUAGUUAAGAUCAAUAUUAACAACAAUUUUAAUCUUAAGGAAAAUAAAUUUCCCAUCAGCCUUUUGUUGAUAGGAACCAUCACUCACAUCAAAGAAAUAUUUUUCAAAUGAGCCAUCUGCAAAUAUCCACAUGUUCUGUUUAUUGUCCAUUUUAUAUAAUUUUGAGGUGGUUUGGUUUAUUUUUCUGAAAAUUUCCUGGUAUGGAGACACACUCAGCCUUACUGCGUUUUCUUUUCCUAUAAUAAACUGACUGGUAUUGUAAAUUUAUAUUUAUAGAGGGUUUAUUAUUUAUAGUAAUAGUUCAGGGUUCAUUUGCUAAUGGUUGAAUUAAAAUAAAUGCUGUUAAGAAAAUACUUAUGAACAUUUUCACUACAUAAUAUUUCAUAGCUUUGUAUGAAUUUUAGUGACAAAUUAGUAUUGAUAGAUAUUCAAAUGGCAAAC